AAGAGAGAGAGAGAGAAUCUAAUCCUUUUGGUUCCUCUCGUCUCUUUUUAGCCCUUCACUUGGAUAUCUCUGGAUAACCAUUACCCUUUUGCCAUUCAAUAACCCCCUCCCAAUCUAUACAUAUAUCCACAUGUGCAUAUAUGCAUAUGUGUGUGGGUAUAUAUAUGUGUGUGUAGCUUCUGUGUAAAAUAUCCUCAAGUUUGUUCUUUUCCAUAUUGUUCCUUGUCUCCAAGAUUCUUGGCUGUCCCUUUUUGCAGUGCCCUUUUUUGUUUUUGGUUUGAAGAGAAGAAAGAAUGUACCAUACACAACACAACCUCCCUUGUUUACAUUGCCAACCGCACUCCUACAUUCGAAUGGUUCAUCAACUGAUAGAGAGGUGUAUUAUGCUUCAAAUGACCCGUGACCAGUGCGUAGAGGCGUUAGCGGAGCAUGCGAGUAUCCGUCCCCUCGUUACCCUCACAGUUUGGAGGGAGCUUCAGAAGGAGAACAAAGAGUUCUUCCAAACUUAUCAAGAUUUCGUCGGCCGGAGACCGUUCCCGAGUAAGAAUUUUUCCGAUGUUUUCGCUCUUUUUUCUACCGUGUUUUCUAUGAAAAUGAGAACUUGUUAACCCUAUAAGGCUAAUGGUGCAAAUAAAGAACUCAGUUCGCGAAGCGGAACUCGAGAAAUUUGAAUGUGUAAAAAAAGGACCAAACGAGCAAACUCGUUGUGAGCCAGCGCGCGAGUUAGACAAAAAAAAAUAUAUCUUUUAAAAAUUUUUAUUUUAUUUUUAUUAUUUGUUAUAUUCUUAUUAUUAUUAUUGUUUAAUAUUUUUAUUUGGCCCAUGAGUCGAAACAAUCGGUUUAAACUAGGGGUGUCAAAACGAGUCCGGCUCGCGAGCUGGCUCCUGGUUCAUCAGAAAACAAGCGAUCUGAGGCACAAUUUUUUCAACUCAUUAAAAAACGAGCCUAACGAGCCAGUUUCAUUGAACACGUGUUCAAUAAGCCUGGAUCCGCGAGUUACUCAACGAACUGACUUUUUUUUUUUAAAUAAAUUAAAUUUAUAUAAAAAAAAUUCUAAUAUAAUUUUAUAUUCCUUUUUUUAU